UGGUUUGACAUUUGGUUUAGUCUUAAGUGAAAUAGUAUUAUACAAUAACUGAUCAUUAUAAGCUGCCGUGCAUGAGCUUGAAGAUGCUGCUGUAUCACACUUGCUUAUAGAUACAGCCUAAUUCUUCAAAUUGGAAUGAAAACUUGUCUCAUGAUAAUGGCAGUAAUUUAUGUCUCUGAACUAUUACUUUUGUUAUUCAAGUAACAUUGGUUUCUAACAUUAUGUAAGUUUCAGAUGCACAACAUUGUAUUUUGACAUCUGUUGUAUAUAUUACCUUUUGAUCCCCACUGAAAGUCUGGUUUCCAUUCACACCAGGCGCUUACCCUGUUACCUUUUCUGCCCUCCUCCCUAUAGCUGUGAUUACCAGAGCGGAAGGGGGCAAACUGACUUUAAAACAUUUUUUUAAUGCCAACUGCAUUGUUGAUCUGUAUAUUAAAAAGAUAAUCAUUCUGCCCUACUCAGAUUAUUUAUGCAUUUAUUGGUAAGUUACAGGUAUUUUAAGUGCUCUUGUUUUAAGACGUCUUCUCUAGAUCAGUUGGAAAGAACCUGAGAAAAAAAUUUUAAAACUUAGGAAAUAAGUCUUAUAAAAGAUUCUGAAGGAGUUUGGGCUUUAUUAGCUCUCUGGAAGAAUUCUAAGAUAACUGAAUAGUGACUCUUUUACUUGAACAGUUACUUCAAGGAGAGUAUUAAUCAUUUACUCCCAUCUCUGGAGUAAAUUUAGAAAAAAUUACAUUUAAAUUUAGCCUCACAACAACAAAUACUGGAAUCUGCCUAACAUAUAUGUUGCCAAAUUAGUAGUGGAAAUCAUGAAUAAAUCAUAAUUCAUAAGAGUCAAGUGUACUUGGUACAUGACCUGUUGUAACGGGUUUCUGUCAUUGUAUUCAUAUAUUCAUAUUCCUAGAUUUCUGUGGUUGAGAUGAAGCAGAACUCAUUCUCUAAAUAUAGUCAGUUAGCACAGAUCCUAGGUUUUUAAGAACUAUUUUUAUUUUAUUUGGUAUUAGUGAGUGAUUUCUGUAUUUAAUUUAGUAUGAGUGGUUUAAAGGUUAGAAUGUUAAAGAUAUAGACAAGUGAUAAUUACCCUUGAAGGUAAAGCCAAAAAAUUGAAUUACCUAGUGAGCUCAAUACUGCUUCAUUUGCUACUUUAGUCUGUUGUUACAUACAUUAUGCACAUCUCAUGUUGUGUCAUGGCAUUAUUUCUUAUGCAAGAUUAAUAAACAGUAAUAACCAGAACAACAGGGCUGUGUUCCUAGGAUUAUCAAGAAAGGGAACUGCAGUAGUUGUCUCUUGUUGAAUACUUCUUUAUAAUAGAAACACUUGUGCCUUGGAUGGUAGAGAUAGACAAGUCUUUGUUUAAAAUGAUGAGUAGACUAUAUAAGCUAUUAAAAUGCAUUGCAACUCAACAAGUAACUUAUGAAUUAGUGUUUUCUAUAUUGAAUUUCAUAUUGGAGAUAUUAUGGUAUAAAUUCAGAAUAUGGACAUAUUAUGGAGAGUCUCUAAUAAGCUGUUUUAAUCUCACUGGGCCUCAUUCCAUGAUUUAAUGUUAGACUUGUUAAUUUCCAGCUUCCCUUCCAGUGUUAAAUUUUGUGGUCAAAAUAUUUAAAGAGACAAGACUCUGUCACUUCGAAAGGUAGUACCAGCCUAUUUAGAUCUUAUGCAUGUUUGGAUUUUAAAAUGAGAUAUACUCCAAACUAAGGUUUUCAUAUCAAUAGAACUGGCUGCAUCAGAACUAUGUCUGGGACAAGCCCAAUUUUUACUAAUUGUUCCCCAGCACCACCAUUGCCAUCUGUUAUGUCUCCUAGCAGGGUUGCAGCUAGCCGACUGGCUCAACAAGGAAGUGAUUUAAUUGUUCCUGCAGGUGGCCAGAAAACACAGACAAAAAGUGGACCAGUUAUUCUAGCAGAUGAAAUUAAAAAUCCUGCAAUGGAAAAGUUAGAACUUGUUAGAAAAUGGAGUCUAAACACCUACAAGUGUACUCGACAAAUUAUCUCUGAGAAGCUAGGCCGUGGCUCAAGAACCGUGGACCUUGAACUUGAAGCUCAGAUUGAUAUAUUAAGAGAUAACAAAAAAAAAUAUGAGAAUAUUCUAAGACUGGCUCAGACAUUGUCAACCCAGCUUUUCCAGAUGGUGCAUACCCAAAGGCAACUUGGAGAUGCCUUCGCUGACCUGAGUUUGAAGUCACUAGAACUCCAUGAAGAAUUUGGCUAUAAUGCAGACACCCAGAAGCUGCUGGCUAAAAAUGGAGAAACUCUUCUUGGGGCCAUUAAUUUUUUCAUCGCUAGUGUGAACACUUUGGUGAAUAAAACCAUUGAAGAUACACUAAUGACUGUGAAACAGUAUGAAAGUGCCAGAAUUGAAUAUGAUGCUUAUCGCACUGAUUUGGAAGAACUAAAUCUAGGACCACGUGACGCAAACACUUUGCCAAAGAUCGAGCAGUCACAGCAUUUGUUCCAGACACAUAAGGAAAAAUAUGAUAAAAUGCGCAAUGAUGUCUCCAUAAAAUUGAAAUUUCUGGAAGAAAAUAAGGUUAAAGUCCUGCACAACCAGCUGGUCCUGUUCCACAACGCCAUCGCUGCUUACUUUGCUGGGAAUCAGAAGCAGCUUGAACAGACACUUAAACAGUUCCAUAUCAAAUUGAAAACUCCUGGAGCGGAUGCCCCGUCUUGGCUUGAAGAACAGUAAAAUCACGCCUGGGAGGGGAAAAGAAAGUCACGUUGUUCUAUUUCUAAACACUCGUCGUAGAAUUAAGCCAAGUCUGGGAAAGAGAGGAGUGACCGCCAUUAUAGUAAUUCUUGCACAAAGAGCUUUAAUUUCUUUUUCAUACCUUACCAAUCGAGCUGUUAAAUUUGAGGGGAAGGUGGGUGGUUUUAAUGUAGACAUAAUUUCUAUCAUCUGAACACAAUAAUUUUCCUUUUUCAAGAAAUCCUUUUGUAUUGUGAGGGUUGGUGGCUAUUUCUGUAGUUUGAAAUAUCGAAUACAGAUUUGCACUGACAAGAUAAAAAUUCAAGGUUUUUGGUCCUGGAAAUGGGGGCCAGUUGUAACUUUUCCAAAGGGAGGUUUACAUGAUUUGUAUCAACAUCAGAUAUUUUAUAUACGAAUAUAUUAAACAUCUUUAAGAGAUUCAUUUUCUUGUAUU